CUCUCUCUCCCCACUCUUAGGGACUGCUGGACAAAUAUUUGAUCAAGAACUCAACAAAUGCUGAGAGCAAAGUCUUCUAUUUAAAGAUGAAGGGUGACUACUACAGAUAUCUUGCGGAGGUUGCCUCAGGAGAUGACAGGAAGGACGCGAUAACCAACUCUCAAGGCGCCUACCAGGAUGCUUUUGAUAUCAGUAAGGAGGAGAUGCAGCCCACACACCCCAUCCGUCUGGGACUGGCUCUCAACUUCUCUGUCUUCUACUAUGAGAUCCUCAGCUCUCCCGAGCAGGCCUGCGCUCUGGCCAAACAAGCCUUUGAUGAAGCCAUUGCAGAGCUGGAUACACUGAAUGAAGACUCGUACAAAGACAGCACACUUAUCAUGCAGCUGCUUAGAGACAACCUCACAUUAUGGACCUCUGACAACGCUGCAGAUGAGGGUGAAGGAGGAGACGGAGGAGAGAACUAAACACCCACAUCUAUCCACAUAUUAAAGAAAAAGAAUCCUGGAAAAAGACAACUUUUUACCCUUCUUCAUUCCUUAUUGUUUCACUUAUGAUUAUUCUUGCCAUGUAAACCCAUGAUCAUUACCAAUGAGCUGUGAGUGUGGGAAUUCAAAUCAGUUUUUUUUCACAAGCCACCUGGCUUGUGGUUGUAAUGAAGGUAAAUAUUAAGUUAAAGUAACAUUUCCACUCCUCAGUUUUGUGUUUUUGUCCAUUGGCCUUCUAUAUGUGCAGUGUCUGCUGUAGAAAAGUAUUAGCCUCACAUAAAAUCAAUUGUCCUUUAAUUGUGACACAGCGACUAGUGUGUAUAUUCUGGUGAACUGAAACAUUGGAAGUGUCGGUCACAAAAUGCAAAGCGUUUUGCCUCAAGCAUGGCUAGUUCCUGUCCUGCUAUAUCACCUUCCAUUAUAUGUCUCUCUAGGGAGAUCAACAUGCACUUGAAUGAGAUAAAUGUCUUGUUGACUGUCAUAGUGUUGGCUUAAAAUGGGCCUGUGAUUUAGUAUUGAUAGCAGGAAGGCUGUUGUCUGAUGUACCAAGUCAGCUAGCUUUGCUCUGCCAAGUAUGCACUUUUUUCAUUGACCAUUUGAAUCAUGUCUUCAUCAUGAAGGUCACGAAACACUCCUGCCUAGUUAUGGUUUUCACUAUAAUGUGUUACCUUGUGAUGGCUUGUGAUAAUUAGAAGGGAAAAGAAAUACCAUGCAUGCCCAUUUUUCAAUAUACACUGGAAUGGGAACCAAAACUGCAUACUUGUUCCACAGUUUGGUUUAGUACUUUUCAUUGCAGGUUUAUGCACAUGUUGAGAGGAUGUUUGAUUUGUCAAGUGAUGUCAAUGGAGUUAAUUGGACCACUUGUGUUUUUGCUAAUCAUUGACUGUAGUCCCCCCAAAGCCUUGUGAAAAUGUACAAGCCCUACAUAACAGCAAUGUAACCUGAAUUAAAAUGACCAUUUUAUAAACCAUACAGAUUUGUUU